AUGAAACUAGUUUCAGCUCUUCUACCGCAAGCAUUUGAAAAUGCAGAAUCUGCAGAAUCUGCAGAGCCAGCAGAGCCAGCAAGGCCAGCAGAGCCAGCAGAGCCAGCAGAGACAGCCGACCUUCUAAGCGACCCAGAAGAAGACGAUAAGCCCCCGCAAGAAACCGCAACAACUAUUGUGUCCAGCACGCCUCUCAAGCAGCCAGCAAAACCGAAAAGAAGGUACAAGCGGUACGAAGUGACCUCCAGACGCAGAGUAAUCAAUCCAUCGCUGGAGCUGGAGGAGUCAGAGCAGGAGAUAGUCAUGUCCUCACAUGUGGAGGAGUUGAGUGAGGACAGCGAGUACUUGAGAGAGAAGCAGAGGGAGAUCUUGGAGGAGCUCGAGAGGCAGCUUCAGGAGAUGGGCGGCUGGGGUGAGAAUGCUGAGGAAUCAGAGAAGGGAGAUGAGGAGGUGAAUGAGGAUGAAGGGAAGGAGGGCAAGGGAGAAGAGGAGAAUGACAAGGAGGAAGAGAAGAAGGACAAGGAGGAAGAGAAGAUGGACAAGGAGGAAGAGAAGAUGGACAAGGAGGAAGAGAAUCACGAGUCCAGAGUGCAAGACACGAGUGUUCCAUUGUGGCCCACUGGGAAUGAAGAAAUCACAGGAAUUGAUGAGGAAUUUAUAGAUGUGAAGAAGGAGAAGCUCACGGAGGGUGAACCUGUGAAUGUGUCUCCUAGAGUUGUUCAACUGAAUAUGGGCAAGCAAGAAGAAGCUGCUGAAAACAAGAGCACAAUUCUACCCUCGAAAAAGUACCCUAUGAGGACUGUUAAGGAAUCACAAGCAUCUGGUGACAUCAAAGUGGUAGCAUUUAACCGCACCAAGCGAAACUGUUCCAAGUCAAACAAUACUACAGUUGAUGCUGAUCUCUCUGUUGAUGAAUCAGACAAUGGCAAGUCACUGGAAUAUCUGGAUGACGAGUCGGAAUACUACUCUGACGACGCCCUGUCUCCUAAAGUUGGCAAGAGUAAGAAACCAUUUGUUGAGCACAAUUUGCCAGAGCAGGCGCUGCACAAGCGGCCUCGAGUCAUCCUUCCUGCCAAAUACAAACUACCUCCUUCAGUUCAGUUGUCAACACGAUACCCACGAGCACCAGCGCUGGCGCCCGGUGAUGUGGUUCCGAGCAGCUCGACGACUGCCUUGGAGCCGCCGUCCUCCACCACACUCCCACCCACGAGCCGGACGUCGAUGAUAACCGAGAGCGCUCAUGCUGAUGAAAUAAAGCCCAUGAAAACGGUGCAAGCUCAAAUGAAGGGAAAGUCACGUUCCUUUUCUCUGUCUAAUAUUGCUUAUCCUAAUCUAAGCCCUUCUCGUUCAGCAAACUACAAAAGAUCCCCAAACAGUCUGCCGCUUCCCCUGCUGGCUCAAGCAUUUACCAAAGAACAGGAGACUUCGUACCGUCUUUCCUCGCAAACUUCUCCUGUAAACAGCCACGAAGAGCGUCUACCUGAGUCCGGAAAGGGGCCUUUGACCACAAUUAUAAAGAAAGAGACGACGAAGCAGGAUGCGCUUAUCAAGAGCGAGACAAGGGCCGAUACAAGUAUCAAGAAAGAGAAGGCGGAUGGAACAGUGAAGCCUCAUGCGAUCAGUCAAGAAUUCAACAUUGCUGCUUUAGAUUGGAAUCAGUCACUCCUAAGCUCGUCCACAGUACAGCAGCCCAGAGCCAAACGCAUCAAGUUGGUUCCCAUGAGCGUUAGUCCUCCAGUAAAGCCCAAGCAGAAGUCCUUAGCUCAACAGCUACAAGAGAGAAGAGAGCAGCUAGCAAUGGCUGCAAAAAAAGCACAAAAAUUGUGA